AUGGCAGAAAUAACAGGCAGCAGGAGAAGUAGGGAUCAGCAUCGUCCAGCCCGCAAGGACUACAAUAAACUGACAGGCGGUGAAGAACAGUCGAAAAGCGACAAAAGUCACGCCACUUCUGCUUCCGAGGAUGAAGAACAACUGGAUAACCAAGAUGCAUACCGAGGUAUCGACGAGAGUGGCAAUCACAUUUCGGGAGAUUCGGAUACGGAUUCCAGCUUCACCGACAUAGAGAUGGACAACAGGGAUGACUUCUCCGAUGACUCAGAUUACGGUAAGCCUCUUUAA